AUGCUGGGCGAACACAGCGGUUCGGGGAGCAGCUUGCCAAGGUCGGGAUCUAGCUCGAGGCAUUCAAGACGGCAAUACAGGCCGAUUUUGGGCAGCUCAAAGACUGGAAUCGACGAGGAAGCGAAGAUCCGAGAGCAGCAGACCACAACGCGUCUUUCAGCCGAACGUGCGCAGGCUCAACCCGAUGCGAAGCUGCCACUGAAGCCGCCACCGCCACUGUUGCCUCCACUGCUACCACUUCGUCGGCCCCUGCUUCCGCCGAAGGUCGAUGUCGAUGCGCUCUUUGCGGGCAAGCUCAAGGAGCUCGAAGCAGGUCCACUCGCUUCGCAACAACCAGCAACCCAAGCCGCGGUGACGGAGGCGCUUGCCGGACAGGCGACCGAAAAUGAGGCACGCGUUGCGACACGGGUGCGGGAGACGCGCAACGACAUGUCAGGGAGAGUGCAUCAAAAAGGGUAGACUGAUGACGGCGCUCAAGAAGACGGUCGAGACCAAGCUCAAAGCGUGCGAUGUCAAGCUCAAGGGCCGCGCACGGACUUGUCCAGGCGGACGGGGACCCCUUUGCCUGAUACGAACGCCAGUCUCGUUGCGGUUGAUUCCGCCCCUUCAUCGCCUGCACUUGCACCUGCACCAGCAGCCGCACCGGCGACACCUACACUCGCUCUCAAGGCGACCUCACCGGCGCGAGGUGGUGCUGCCGCGGGGCGCGGUGCAAUCGGACGCCGAGGGAAAGGACGAGGCGCAGCCGCUGCGGGCGCAUCGCCGAGUCGACCGGGAGCCGCCACUGCUUCGGAGAUUCCUUCGAAGUUUUCGAUUCGUGGCAUCAUGGGUACGGCUGCGGCGCCAGCGACACCACCGGCUUCGACACCAGGCGGUGUUUUGGGACGGUUGAUGGGCGGCGCGCUCGGUGGGAAAACGAGGGAGGGACGAUGGUGCUUCGGGCGGAUGGGAAACGACAGAAGCAAGGCGAAGGAGAGGGAGGUGAGAGAUGGAGGAAGGGGAUGGGGGUGUGCUUUCGUACUGACCCGUGAUCGACGUGCGGUUCGUUCGGAUACACUGGUCAUCAUCCCGGACCAUGAAUGUUGGGCUUGCUUUUGA